ACGUUUCUUCUACUUUAUAAGCUCCAAUGAAUUAUUAGUAAGAAGGAUUGUAUAUCGGAUAAUCAGCGGUUGUGAUGUUUCCUUUUCAACACGGUGAUGAGCUGGUUUUUCAGCCCCCUUCUGUUAUCAGAGAAGAUCAAAUCCAGGAAGAUCUGAAUACGGAUAAUACUUUACAGUAUAAUAAUCCUAGUUCUAGCAGUUGGGAAAAGGAGCUACAGAGAUCAUUAGGUAUUCAAGAAAAUAAUGGUGGAAGCACUUUUUACGAAUCUAAUAUUAAGAAACUUAUACAUAGAGAUAUUGAACGGCAGAGAAGAAAAGAAAUGGCUAAUCGUUAUGCUUCUCUUCGAUCACUUGUUCCUCCUGAACAUCUGAAGGGCAAGAAGUCGUUAUCAGAUCUUAUAGAAGUGGCUGUAAAUUACAUAACAGAUACCAAAAAGAAUAUCAAGAAACUAGGUUUGCAGAGAGACAAGCUAAAGUUGUUGUCUAAUUCAGGCAAUCUCAGUGCCAAUGUUGGCAGUUCCUCUAGUUAUUCGCCUGAUUUAGUCACAGUGAACCCUUUCUCCGAUGGUGUGGAAAUUCUAAUCAGCAGCUUCAAAGAGGAAGGGUUCCCCCUCUCCAAAGUGCUUGUAGAAUUACUAGAGAGAGGGCUUAUUGUUGUUAGUUGUUCUUCUGUGAAAGAGAAUGAAAGUUCACUCCAUAUAAUUCAGUGUGAGGCCAGUGGUCUCAAAUGCAAUGUUCUUGCUACGCUGCAAAAAAGACUGACAGAUGUGAUUAACCUAGGUUGCAAGAACUCUUAGGUAAGUGUGUGCAGAACGCGAACUUUGGAUACAUGUUUGUGUCAUUCUGUGUACUUAAAAUUUCUAGUAGGUAAAUGGAUAUAAUUUAAUGGAUGUCCACGUACUUUGCCAGUUUCGAGUGUGCUAAUGUAAAAUCAGUUGAAAAUUCUGUAGUGUCCAAGGUUUUAUUUUCUAUCUGCUCAUUGGUUCAUGCUCCUCCCAACGAGGGCAUA